AUGGUCCGCUCCGUCGGUGGUUCUACUUCUAGCGUUGAUGCCUCCGGUACGACGCCACCACCCACGCCGGGCAAGAACCGAUUGCCGUCAUCCGGCUCGUCUUCCACAGAAGGCAAGGGCAAGAAGCCUAACACACUCAACGAUCUCAUCGAGACGGAGAGAUCGUAUGUCGAGCUGCUUGCUGGCAUCAUCCGUAAAGUGGCGGGCGCAUGGUCUCGCUCUAAUCUACCUCCCCCGGAGCUGGAUACUAUGUUCCGGGGGAUCGAAAGCAUAUACAAGGCCAAUAGAUCCAUGCUGUCGAAACUAAAAGACGUCGGCGCAAACUCAGGUUCCUCGUCGGCCAGGGACCUCGGCGAUUUAGUCAUGAGAUGGGUCGAUCACAUUGAGACGGCGUACGCCUCAUACUGUAGCAAGUUCUGCACCGGUUUCGAUACCUGGGAACUUGUCCAAUCGAACUCGCGUUUACCCACAGUCCUCGCGAUGUUCUCGGCCACUAACCCGCCACCUCUUCCUGCAACGGCGCCUGAACACCCGGCGGAGCCACCGCUCUGGACUCUUGACAGACUGUUCCUACUGCCAAGAGACCGCCUUGAAUAUUACCGUAAGCUAUACACCAAAUUGAUGAAGAGCACCGUGCCUGGCCGGGAGGACCACCGCCUGCUGUCAAACGCGCUCGACAAAAUUGAUACACUUCUCACAACUCUCGAUCAACGCGGCGGCCUCGAGGUUGGCGCCCCGCGGGCGGCCCCACAGGCCGUCGCGCCAGUGGCGACGGCAGAGCCGGAAGACGAGAUCGUUAUAGAUAUGCGUUCACGAAACAACGCCUUCCCCCCACCUGAUGGAGCGGGCGGUGUCCCUCCCAACGUCAAUGCACGAAGCGACGUCUCUAGUGGCGCAGACCGGCAAAUGCGAAAUCCAGCAGAACAUGCAUCUAUCUCUCCGCCGUCUAUGCCGAUCUCCGAUUUGGAGCGACGCCUCGUCACUGAGCGCACUCUGGAUAUUUUCACGAUGAGACCUCGGCAAGUUCGCCUUCAAAUCUCACCUCUGAACUUACCGUCUCCGCGUGAAUUACGGUUUUCCGGCGACGUCGUCAUCCGCUUCACGCCGCAGUCGACGGGUGUGGAGGUUAUCACGCAGCUCGGACAUCUCUUCAUUCUAACUGAUCUGUUACUCAUCUGUGAGAGGAUGGUACCCCAAGAGCGCAGCCGUCGGGGACCUGAUGGACCAGAUAUGUGGCUGUCUUACCCACCGCUGGCAGGCAAGCAUCUUCGUAUAGCGCCUUCGAAAAAUUCCAGCACUGCUCUCGUGUUGACAAUUUUGCGGAAGGAGGUCCUGACCCUUCAGGUUGGGUCCCCCGCGUUACGAAAUCAAUUGUUGACGGCAUUCAGUGACUGUAUUGGUGUAGCUAACAAUGGAGCAGCGCCUUCAUCCUCGAAGAGUUCCCUACCGCCUGUUCCUACACUGCCAACAACGGGCGGCGGCGCCCCGCCACCAUCGAACCCGAAUAAUCAGGGCCGUUAUUCCGACCUCAAAGUAAUGUCGCCCGAGCGGCAUGCAGAAUCCAUGAGUCCGCCUUCGAGAGUAAUAUCCCCUGACAGCGUCUCACCACAUCGGCCCGAUACGAUGCAUUCGAACCCAUCAUCUCGCUCCAGUGCGGCGUCAGAUGCACCAUUGGCAGAUAGCAUGACGAAACUGGCCAUUGCGUCCGAGAUGCAGGCAAGGUCUCCGCCGCCGCAACAAGGUCAUUCUGCGUAUCCGUCGCGGUCUUCCUCGAGAUCGACCAGACCUGCGGCCGAGCCAGGACAGCUGAUGCGGCAGCCAUCGUUCGGGCCUGGGCAAAUUGUCCCUCCUCAGGCAACUCACCCAGGCCAGCCGAUGACGCCGCCGACGUUUGGUCCUGGUCAGGUCAUGCCUCCACAAGGGUACGGCCCCGGUCAGGUUAUGCCCCCGCAAGGUUAUGGACCCGGUCAGGUCAUGCCCCCUCACCCUCCACACCCUCAGCAGGCCCCCCCUGAACCAGCGUUCGGCCCUGGUCAAGUUAUGCCACCCCGGCAACCAGGCAGCCAACGGGCAGUACCGAAUUUGUCAGUGGACCCUGGAAUGGUUGCUCCGCGCAGGCUUGACAGCGGCUUGCGAUCUGCUCCUCCAGACAGCGGAUUCACGGAUCCUGCAGAAGGUCCAUAUAGACCAGGUAUGGGGCCCGCCCCAUUAGCUGGCCCUGGGAUGGGACGCCAUGGGCCAUCAGGCCCGCAUAUGGCGCACGGUUACCCUGCCUCAAAUCCACCUAGUCGAGCCCCGUCCAAUGUUUCCUCUGGCGAAGGAUCAGGUCCUCGGAGGUCGACCUCGUCCCGAUCCCUACGGCCACAGCAUGAAAUGAUGUCUACUGCGUCGGCACCGCCUAUGCCUGGCUACCCUGGAGACCUGGCUCCGCCUCGGCGUAACUUCAUCCCCCGCACGGCGUCAUCAAGUUCUCUGCGCUCGCUCCCCAAUCAGCUACCUCCGUCAAGACCCCUCCUGCCGUCCGAGCAGAUGAGCAUGCAGUCAAUGUCGACAGCUACCUCGUUUCAGGAGCCAAGUCCCCCGGUGUCUCCGGUUGAGGAGCGGCCUCCGAUAGGGCCCACCACGACAGCCGUGACCGCACAACUGAAAUGCAAGGUCUUCCUCCAACAACAGCAUGCGCAAUGGAAGUCGCUCGGUGCAGCGAAGCUCAAGCUCUAUGUAGAGUCCCCGACGAACGUCAAGCAGCUCGUGGUAGAAGCUGACAAUAAAGACAAGUCCAUUUUGAUUUCGACAAUCGUUCUGGUCGAUGGUGUCGAGCGAGUGGGCAAGACCGGUGUGGCAGUGGAAUUGAGCGCCAAAGGACGACGUUCGGGCGUCAUCUACAUGCUCCAGCUCCGGAACGAAAAAUCAGCGCAAGGACUAUUCGAUAGCCUCAUUCAAGGCUCUGACAGAUCCGCUUAUGGACGAGGAUAA